AUGGGGCCAUAUUUGGCCGUUGCCUGUUUUUGUAAAGCAAAACCUUCUGACAACUUAAGGGAGAUUCUCCAAAAUGUGGCCAAAUUGCAAGGAGUAUCAAAUAUGAGAAAACUAGGCCAUCUGAAUAACUUUACUAAGCUUCUUUGUGAUAUUGGCCAUAGUGAAGAAAAAUUGGGUUUUAACUAUGAGGAUAUCAUAAUUUGUUUGCGGUUAGCUUUAUUGAAUGAAGCAAAAGAAGUGCGGGCAGCAGGGCUGCGAGCUCUUCGAUAUCUCAUCCAAGACUCCAGUAUUCUGCAGAAGGUGCUAAAAUUGAAAGUGGACUAUUUAAUAGCAAGGUGCAUUGACAUACAGCAGAGCAACGAGGUAGAGAGGACACAAGCACUUCGAUUAGUCAGAAAGAUGAUUACUGUGAAUGCUUCCUUGUUUCCUAGCUCUGUGGCCAACUCAUUAAUAGCAGUUGGAAAUGACGGACUUCAAGAAAGAGACAGAAUGGUCCGAGCAUGCAUUGCCAUUAUCUGUGAACUAGCACUUCAGAAUCCAGAGGUGGUGGCCCUUCGAGGUGGACUAAACACCAUCUUGAAAAAUGUGAUCGAUUGCCAAUUAAGUCGAAUAAAUGAGGCCCUCAUUACUACAAUUUUGCACCUCCUUAAUCAUCCAAAGACCCGACAAUAUGUGCGAGCUGAUGUAGAAUUAGAGGUAGGAACUUUAAUAUCCUUUUCUAGUUUUAAGAUAUGA